AUGGAUGACUCCCAACCCCAGCCAUUGCCUGUCCAUCCCGUCGACAAAUUUGGCCCCAAACUAGUCGAGAAGGCUGACAAGAUACAUCGCCGGCUCACUACGAAUGAAGAGUCAAAGCCUGCCGGAGGCUAUGAUCCCACUCCGUUUCCCCACGCCCCGCCAGGCUACACCCUCAAGAUCACUUUCCAUCGCGCGGAAGACCUGCCCGUCGCGGACUUUGGCAGUUUCUCCUCCGAUCCUUAUGUCGACGCGCAUAUGGUAGUCGACCUACCGACGCGCCACAAACAAGACCCCGACGUGCAUUUCCGCACUCCGACCGUACGCAGGGACAUAAACCCCAUGUGGGAAUGCGACUGGAUCAUCGCAAAUGUUCCGGCUUCGGGAUUUCAGUUGAAAUGUCAUCUCAUGGACGAGGAUCCCACGGAUCACGACGAUAAGCUGGGGAUUGCUUUUAUCGACGUUCCUGCACUUUCAGACGACUGGGCAGGUUUCAAGGAGAAGUCCUUCAAGGUUAAAAAGCGCUUUGGGAGCAAGCGCGUCUACGUAUUUACUAAUGUCUCCGCGUUUGCGACUGGUCACCGUAAGGAGUCCUGGUUGGUGGUCAGCAUCGAAUGUCUCGGAAAAACCCCCGGCACAGAGGGGGGUCAUAUGUACACUAUCGGUCCUAACUUUUGGUUCAAACAUUUUUCUCCUCUGAUUGGACGACUGGCUGGCAUCAAAGACCAUGUUCAAAGCACAGAUGGCAGUGGCAAGUCGAUUACCCGUUACAAUUUCCAGGCUAUUGAGAUGCAACUCACAGGCCCUGUACCUGCAGAGCUAUACCAUCGCUAUGUAGAGUUCAGGCCCUUCGUGGCGGGAAUGUUCCAGGCACAAAGUCUACGAGGGCGUAUCCUGCAUAAAACACUCCAUCAUCAGCACCAGCGCAUCUACAAUUUCGAUCGUACUACCUUGUAUGGGUCCUUUCAAAGGCCUUGCCGUGAACUCUCUCAGAAAUUUUUGGAGUUUGCGCACUAUGGCCAGGGUGGACGGAUCUUCACCUAUGUGCUCACCUUGGACGGACAAAUCCGAUUCACCGAGACCGGUAAAGAAUUUGGCAUUGAUAUGCUGAGUAAGCACACCAUGCACAGUGACGUGUCUAUCUACAUCGCGUAUUCGGGUGAAUUCUUCGUUCGGCGGCGCAAGCAUCGCCAUCGCCGUAACUCCCCAGAAGGGCGUGCCGAGCGCGCAGAGAAUGCAGAAUAUGCGGAGAAUGAAGAACGUGCAGGGAAUGCAGGUAAUGCAGAGAACGCAGAAUCGAGCACGGUGCCUACAGACGAGUUUCCUGUGGAGGAAGAUGAGCACCACAACGAGGGCGAGGACCUGGGCCAAACCGAAGAAGGGAUCACUAUCUCAACCAAUCCAGGGGAUUAUGAACUCUUUAUUGAUAACGACAGUGGAACUUACCGUCCCAACGGCGAGAAACUACCACUCUUACAGGAAUUUAUGUCCUCCAACUUCCCCGGACUCCACGUUACCACUCUGGAUUGCCAGGCGGAUGCGGAACGAAUGGAAAAUCUGAAGAACGAGCAGCGCGAAUUCAAGAAGACCGCAGGAAAUGUCAUCACGUUCCUGCAGCAGAGCAGCGCGUCUUCACUGUCAAUCUCCAGCUCGGAAGAGGAUGAGCUCAAUGAGCGCAGUGGUCAAUCUAAGAAACGAGGAGAUCUUUCUAGACGAGUCCACGAGAUGCGCGAUCUACGAGGACAGGUAAUGCGGUGGGUAGAAGCGGAUGAAAAGCCCGAUGGCCAUAAGCACAAGCAUCGGUACUUCUCUGGCCGUGAGCGCCGCCCUGCUUCGACUGGUGCGAUUCCCACUGAACCCAAUCAUGGGACAAGCGAAGUCGCGAGCUGA